AGGAACUAUCUGAAGUUUAAGUUGUCCGUCCUCACCAUUCAGAGAAAAUAUCGGGCAACCGUCACAGCUAAAGCACAACGAACACGUUACCUGGAGCUGCGCAGGGCAGCCGUCAUCCUUCAGGCAGCUCACAGAGGUCAGCAGGUCAGACAGGAAGUUGCUCGCUGGCAUCAGGCCGCCACCGUGAUUCAGUCUGUGUUCAGAAAACACAGAGAGGAAGUCAAAUUCCAGGCCAUGAGACUGUCCGCCAUCAUCAUCCAGAGACACUACCGCUCCCGUGUUCUUCAGAAGACAGACAGAGAAAUGUUCCUGAAAAAGAAACAAUCCACCGUUGUCCUCCAGGCUGCACUUCGAGGCUGGAGAGUCAGGAGGGAAAUUAGCCGUCAAAAUCAAGCUGCCUCCAUCAUCCAGUCGUGCUGGAGAGGUUCAGUGCAGAGGCGUAUCUUCAAGAGGAAGAGGGAGGCCGCUGUGACACUUCAGCGCAGGAUUCGGGCUGUUCAGCGAGGCAAAGAGGAGAAGAACAACUACAUCCGAACGAGGCGAGCUGCCAUCACACUUCAGAGAUGCGGCAGAGCCUGGAUUGCAAGACGACAGGCACUGGAGGCGGCCGCGGCAGGGAGGAGGCUCCGCUUUACAUCGGCGGUCUUCCAUCACCUCAGUGCCACGAAGAUCCAACGAGCGCUGAGAGCUCACCGGGCUCUGGAGUCGGCUAAGAGACAUAUUCAUUGUGUCGUCACCGUACAGCGAUGGGUGAGAGCGAGGCAGCAGAGGAGACGGUAUCUGGAGGACCGGAGGAAGGUGGUUACAGCCCAGCGAGCGGUCAGGUGCUGGUUGGCCCGUCGCCACAGAGCUGCGUCCGUCAUCCAGCAGGCCGCCAGGAAAUUCCUCCUUCUCCGGCGCCAGAGGAGGGUUCAGCAGGGGAUUGUCAAAGCUCAGGCUCUGUGGAGAGGACACCGCUCCCGCCGACUGAAUGACAAUCCCAAGCUGGUGAAGUUGCGACACCGCCUGCGCCAAGUGUCCGCGGCCGUCAGAGAGGAGGACAAACUGUGCAACAAGACGUCGUCCGCACUCGACUACCUCCUGCGAUACAAACACUUCUCUUACAUCCUGGAGGCUCUGAAGAACCUGGAGACCGCCACCAGGCUGUCACCAGAGUGCUGCGAGCGGCUGGUGGAGAGCGGAGCCACCAACGUCAUCUUCACGCUCAUCCGCUGCUGCAACCGCAGCGUCCCCUGCAUGGACGUGAUCACCUUCUCCAUCCAGAUCCUCCUCAACCUCUCGAAGUACCACAAGACAAUCGAGGCAGUGUAUUCGGUGGAAAACUCUGUGGAGACGUUGCUGGACCUGCUGCAGAGAUAUCGGGAGAAGGCCGGAGAUAAAGUGGCAGAAAAAGGCGGCAGCAUCUUCACCAAGGCCUGUUUCCUUCUUGCUCUGCUGCUGCAAGACAAGCGGCGCGCUGUGGAGGUUAUGAAGUUGCCCAAAGUGUUGGAGAGGAUUCGCAGUAUUUACCGCCUCACUGCUCGCAAACAGAAGAUGGACGCAGAAAGAACCGUGAUCAAACAGAAGAUGAAUGCGUCCAUCAACGGGAGCUUCUUUGUUCAAGCAACACCUCGGAAAUCCAAACCUGCGCCCAAGUUUGCACCGGACUGGGUUCUCAGGAAGGACAAACUUAAAGACAUCGUGGAUCCUCUCAGAGCCAUUCAGAUGGUGGCGGACACACUGUCCAUCGUGUUGUAAAUAGAAAAGCUUUGACAUCUUGAUUCAUCUCGUUUUUUUUUUAUUCACUCAGAAAAUAUCGUUUUUAUGUUUUUCUUUUUAUCAUCACAUUUCCAUGUGGUCAA